AUGCGCGCCUCUUUCGACUCCGCCCUUCUCCUCCUCGCCAACGCCUUGGCUGUAAAGGCACAGUCUUGCCCCGAGAUUCACAUCUUUGGCGCCCGUGAGACUUCAGUAGCACCAGGCUUUGGUUCUGCUGGAGCACUUAUCGACCAGAUUAUCGCCGCUCAUCCAGGUGCCACUUCAGAAGCUAUCAACUACCCUGCUUGUGGUGGUCAGGCAUCAUGUGGUGGUGUGCAUUAUGGCGACUCUGCGAAACAAGGUACUGAGGCUGUCACUACCGCUGUCAACGGUCUCAACCAGCGAUGUCCCGAUACUAAGAUUGUGCUUGUUGGAUACUCUCAAGGAGGUCAGAUAAUGGACAACAACAUCUGCGGAGGACCUGACAACGGAGCCGGUAUCUCUGAUGCGUCGGUGCCACUCUCGGCCAGUGCAGUACAGCAAGUAAAGGCUGUUAUCAUGCUUGGAAACCCUCGUUUCGUCAGUGGACUACCUUAUGGAGUCGGAACUUGCAAAGCAGGCGGUUUUGAUGCACGACCCGCUGGCUUCUCUUGCCCCAACGCCGACAAGGUCCAGAUCUAUUGUGACUCUCAGGAUCCCUUCUGCUGCAAUGGAAACGACCCAGCCCACCAUCAGCAAUAUGUUACUAUCUAUGGAAGCCAAGCUUUGCAAUUCGUCAACAGCAAACUCUGA